AUGUAUUUCUCUUUUGAAACAAUUCCAGCCUUCGUGUGGGUAUUCGUAGCUACCUUUAUUUUUUAUUGGAUUAAGAAGCCAAGAAUAAGUAAAAAUGAACCUCCGAUGGUUCCUUAUAAAAUUCCAAUAAUUGGACAUACAUUAGAUUAUAUAUUUAAUACCGAAAAUUUUUUGGCCGGAUGUAGAAAACAAGUGAAUACCAUAGUCGGAAACGAAACUGCUCAUGAAGUUUACAGUACCGAUGUUUUUAGCCAGGCCGACGAACUACGAAAUGGAGUUUAUCCUGAAACAUUGGAACAAGUAGUCAAAACAGUACGUGAAGGAAUUGCUGCAAAAUUACCUUUAUACACUGGAAGAAUGCAAAAACAACUUAUGAUUUCUAUUAAUAAGGAAAUUGGAGAUUGUUCUAAACCCAAAUUAGUGAAGAAUGAUUUCUUAAGCAUGAUCGCACGUCCAGUAGCCGAUGUUCUGGUUGGACAGGAAAUAUCAAAAAACGAUGAUGUGGUCAAAGCUUUUGCUGAUUUUACCAAAGAUUUUUCAUCAAUUCUCGCAAUACCUCCUAUUCUUUCAUUUAUUCAUCCAAAAGUCCAUACCCAAGUUAUCACUUUACCAUUUAGAUUUGGAUGGAAUCCAACUUUGAAACAUAUGAUUACUUUAAAGAAAUAUUUGAAACCUGUAUUAGAGAAAAGAUUAAAAGAUAAAGAAACUCUUGGUGAUAAAUAUGAACCACCCCUGGAUAUAAUUGAAUAUCUUUUGAAUGAUCCUGAAUACGAAACAAAAGUUAUUUCUGAUGAUUACUUGAAUAAAAUUUGUGAAUUUUUAUUUAUUCUUGUUGUUGUCUCUAUUCACGGAACUGCUCGUCAUAUGUCUUUUGCUCUUUAUGAUUUUGCUGGAAGGCCAGAAUUAUGGGAUGAUAUUUACGAAGAACAAAUAAGAAUCGAUAAAGAAUGCAAUGGAGAAUUAUCACCUCAACAUAUUAACAAAAUGGUGAAAUUGGAUAGUUUUGUGAGAGAAUCUUUAAGGACUUAUGAUGCUGUUUUGACUAUCAUUCCCCACAGAUGUUUGGAAUCAUAUACAUUUAAAAAUGGCAUGACAAUUCCAAAAGGUCGUACAGUUCGAAUUUAUUUAAUGGAUAUUCAUUACGAUUCCACAGCAUAUGGACCAGAACCAAGGUCAUUCUUUCCCUAUCGUGGUUUGGAAAAUAAUUUUCCUGCAUCAAAAACUGAUAAAAAUUAUUUUGUAUUUGGUUCAGGAAAACGUGCUUGCCCUGGAAGAUUUUUUGCUGUAAAUGAAAUUAAAAUUGGUAUGCAUAAAUUAAUUUUAAAUUAUCACAUUAAGACACCAAUUGGAAAGAUUGAAAAAAAGAUACGUUCUGGACCUUUUUCUUUGCCACCAGCUAAUGGAUUAAUUUUCGAGAAUAGAAUAAAUUGUAAAAAUUUUUAA